AUGAUCGCAGUGGACGGAAUGAAGGAGCAUCAAACCGAGGUCGAAAAUGCCUCGAUCGACAGCGAAGAGGCAUUAGGCACUGAAGAAGACUCGAAGUACAACCGUCGAGUGAACCGAAAAUUGGACAUCUAUCUGCUGCCUAUCAUAUGCUUCAUCUACCUGCUUGGCUAUCUUGACCGUGCAAAUGUGGGCAAUGCUCGCGUCGCCGGAUUCACCAAGGACAUCAAAUUGACGGACUGGGAGUACAAAGUUGCAAUUACAACUACAUACGUGCCCUACAUGCUGGUAGAGAUUCCGAGUAAUCUUCUUUUGAAGAAGAUCGGCCCCCGGCGAUUGAUUCCCUUCCUCUGUGUAUCUUGGGGCUUGGUGUCGGCUCUGCAGUGCCAAGUCACGUCUUUUGGAGGAUUUGUUGCUGCUCGAUUCUUCCUGGGUCUGACCGAAGGGGGCCUUUAUCCAGGCAUGAUAUUGUACCUUUCAAGCUUCUACCGACGCACUGAACUACAAUUUCGAAUCGCCUUCUUUUUUACCGCGGUCUCGUUCAGUGGCGCAUUUUCUGGGCUACUAGCCGCCGCAAUCGGACAGCUCAAUGGCAACGGCGGCCUUCGGGGUUGGCAGUGGAUCUUCCUGAUUGAAGGUGUCAUCACCAUCGGUGUAGGUCUUAUCGCCUUUUUCAUUCUGCCAAACACGCCUGCUCAAGUCCGCCUGUUGAGCGAGGAGGAGAAACUCUACUGUAUGCGCCGCUUGGAGAAAGAAUCGAACAGCUUUGGAACGGAAAAGGUGACCAUAAAAGCUGUGUUGUCCGUUGCCAAAGACCUCCAUGUCUGGAUUUUACUCGCCAUCAACUUAUGCGCCGCGGUGCUUGGAUUUGGCCUCUCGGUUUUUGGGCCUUCGAUUGUCAAGGCACUUGGGUACAGUCCUACCGUCACCCAACUCCUCACCGUGCCACCAUAUGCCUGCGCAUUUAUUGUCACCAUCCUCGCCGCUCUUGGUUCAGACCGCUACCAGGCGCGCGGUUUCGCGCUCAACAUCACGCUGGUCUUCGCCAUUGUAGGUGCAGUGAUGAUGUACAAGGCGCGUGGGUUCGCGGCACGGUACACUGGUAUCUGCAUUCUCUUUACCGGAGCCUACGCGAUGGCUCCAUGUGGACUCAGCUGGCUCCCAAACAACGCCGCCGGCUACACAAGACGAGCAACCGCGAUUGCAUUGAUGGCAAUGUUCACAUCCAUUGGCGGAAUCAUCAGUACGUGGAUCUAUCCGACUUCGGACGCUCCGUACUAUCCAUUGGGCGCAAAGUUCGACCUUUCCGUGGCAUGCAUUGCUCAGGGACUUACUGUCUGUGAACUCUUAUGGCUUCGACGGUUGAACAGAAUCAAGGAAGAGCGACCUGAAACCUUGCUCAAGGGUAUUGAGCAUCUCAGUGAGGAUGAACAGUUCAAGAUGCUCGGCGACCACCACCCGAGAUAUAAGUAUAUUUACUAA